AUGUCAAGACGUUUGAGGAGUGCGAAUGUAUUAUUAGAGAGAAUAAAUGAUAUCGAUGCAGAAUGUUUUGAAGAUGAUCAGGAAAUUCUGAAUAUGGAAAAUAACAAUACGGAAAAUUAUGAUCCACUUGAAAGCGACUCGAACACCGAUGAGAACGAAGAGAAUAUUUCGAACGUACGUAGACGACGAAAGAGAAGAAGAUUUUUAGUUACUUCCGAUAGUGAGAAUGAGGAAGAAGCAAGCGAAAUUGCGAUGGACGGAACUGUUUGGGAGGAAGUAAAAAUAGGGUCUAAUCCUGGAAGAGCACCUGGUCAUAAUAUUUUUAGGUAAACAUCAGGCCCGACUGGGUACAGUAUACGUAAUAUUAUGAAAGGCAAAGUUAGGACGGCAUUUUCUGUGAUAAUUGAUAAGAAUAUAAUUGAACUUAUAAGAAAGUGCACAGAGACAGAGGGAUUUAGAGUAUUGGGAUAUAAAUGGGAACUGUCUACUGCAAAGUUAUAUGCAUUUUUUGCAAUUCUGUAUGCACGCGGUGCAUAUGAGGUUAAGAAUAUAGAUAUAGCACUUCUAUGGAAUAAAAAAUGGGGCCCGCCUUUUUUCUCAAAUACUAUGAGUAGACAUGACUUUACGGAGAUUAUGAGAUUUAUUCGAUUUGACGACAGAAAUCAACGAAGCCAACGGUUACAAACCGAUAAAUUCGCUAUGAUUUCUGAAGUUUGGUACAAGUUUAUUGACAACAGUCAAAAUUGUUAUAAACCAGGACCAUAUAUUACUAUUGACGAACAAUUGUUUCCAACGAAAGCAAGGUGUAGAUUCACUCAAUACAUGCCCAAUAAACUGGACAAAUUUGGUAUAAAAUUUUGGUUAGCAUCCGAUGUACGUAGCAAAUAUAUAAUAAACGGCUUUCCAUAUUUGGGAAAAGAUGAACGUAGAGAACCCUCAGUUCCUCUUGGAGAGUUUAUCACUAUGAAAUUAGCAGAACCGAAUGUAGGAUGUGGAAGAAAUAUAACGGACAACUUUUUUACAAGCCUACCUUUAGCAACAAAACUUUUAGCAAAAAAAACUACGAUUGUUGGGACAAUUAGAGCAAAUAGAAAAGAGCUACCAAGACUGGCAAAACUGAAAAACGACGACAUGGCACUUUUCUCAACCAAACUCUAUCGCUCAAAUAAUUGUAUGUUGACAAUUUACAAAGCCAAACCAAGAAAGAAAGUUCUAAUUCUCAGUUCAAUGCACAACCCCGUACAAGUUGAAGAAAAUGACACCCGAACACCGGAGACCAUUCAAUUGUAUAAUAGCACCAAAUUUGGCGUAGGUGUGACCGACCAAAUGGCCAGAAAUUAUUCGGUAAAAUCUAAAUCUUGGGGAUGGCCUUUGCAAGUAUUUUUUAAUAUCUUGGAUUUAGUCGGGAUAAAUGCAUGGGUGUUAUAUAAAGAAACUACGGGAGGAGAAAUUACAAGACAGGAAUUUCUAUUCCAAUUGGCAGAAGAACUUGCCAUCGAAUACCAAUAAGUGCUCGGCAAAGAAAAUCAAU